CAUGUGCAUUAUGGAUUCAAUUUUCCGAAAGGAUUCUCGUCACAAAAGUUCUUUAAGCACGUAUCUAUCUGUAGGUCUGAUACAGGACGAGCAACGAAAUACUGCGCAUGUUGUUGAACAUCCGCCAGUAUCAUCGAGCCCUCUUCGCUAACCAGAGAAUCAUCGUGUAAUAAAGUCUGUAUUAGGUCAAGGAGCGCUUGUUCAACUCAAGUCUCAGGGAAAGGUCUUCUUGCAGCAAAGCGAAACCACAACCCUUCAGCUGCACUAACGAGUGACACCAGUCUCAAGGAUGGCAGACGUCGCACUGCACAUCAUCUCAGAGAACUCGGCGUCUGAGCGCCGCAUCACGCCGUCGUGGACCAUAGCGACCCUCAAGACCAGGCUAGAGCCCAUAACGGGCAUACCGCCUUCUUGCCAGCGGCUGUCGCUCAAGACGGCAACCGGCGAUGCCAUCGCCAUCGAGGCCGCAGACGAGGAGGCGACGACCCUGGCUGGGUUCCCGCUUACACCUUAUGCUGAGCUUAAUGUAAUCGACACGCGGCCACCAAACGCCCGACCAAACUUGACCGAUACGUCCAAUGUGGACAAGUACGUAAUGCCCGAGGAGGAAUACGCCCAAAAGACCGACUCGGUCCUCGCGUGGAAAAAGGCCCAGAAGCUGGGGCGCUUCGAUCCCAACGUGCCGGCGAUGCUCGAGGCCAAAGUCGCCGCCUUUGCGCGCGAGGCCGAGGAGCGGGGCAUUGUCGUCGGCAAGCGUUGCCGGGUCGGCGGUGAGGAUACACGUCGAGGGGCUGUCAUGUAUGUUGGCGAGGUGCCCGAGAUCGCCACCGGCCCGGGCACCUGGGUCGGAGUCAGGCUGGACGAGCCUGUCGGCAAGAACGACGGGAGUAUUAAGGGGAAGAGAUACUGGGGUGAAGGUGAGGGGCAACUUCAUGGCUUGUUUGUAAGGCCGGAGAGGGUUGAGGUUGGGGACUUCCCACCACUGGAUGAUUUGUUGGAUGACGAGGACAUGGAGGAGAUUUGAUCCCGCGGUCUUUGGCCUCUCUGCUUGCCUCACAUAUUACAACAGCCUCAAGUCUAGAUUUGGACUGCAUCAUUCACGCUAGGCAUUUCAUAGCCGCAAGGCAACGGGAAGAGAAGCUCGAGAUCAUCCUGUAAGAAGAUCAUUAUUAUACGCGGUGCUUGAUCGACGAUUUGCUCGCCAAAGUCAUCAUAUACGAUUCAGUAUGGGUUCGUCAGAAUCAUUAUGUUCCUGGUGGAUAUGAUGGUAUGCUAACCCUGUCAUCACGAGUUGGUAGCAAUUCAUCCGACGGUUGCUCUGACUCUAAUUGCCGUAACAAUCGGACUCAAUUGAAUGUGAUAUAGGUUUCACGGAUCUCGCAAACUUUAUGGCGCACAUAAGAACAGCAUAGCUAUUGCCGAAGUAGGGCAAAAGAUUGUGACAACCAGUCGCCACUUUAGCCUCGGCCUCUUGCUCAAGUAGAGCCCAGGCAGUCAUCAUCAAGAGACUCAACAGGACAUGCCACCAAUCCCUAGUGUUUACAUCCACCUCAUUCUUAUUACCUUG